AUGGCUAAUCAGUGGAUGCCUCUAAAGGAUAUGCCUAAUUUGAAAGGAAAGAUCGCCGUCGUGACGGGCGGCAACAGCGAUAUUGGUCGCGAAAUAGCAAGACUUCUCGCACAGAAGAGCGCAAAGGUCUACUUCACCACACGCUCCGAUACAACAGCAAUCAAAACACGCAAUCGAAUCUUGGAGGGUCACCCUGAAAUCGAUCCCGAAAACCUGCAGUGGAUGACGAUGGAUGUCACCGAUAUGCGAAGUGUAACCUCGACAGUGGACAAGCUCAAGGCGAAGGAGCACAAAGUCGACAUUCUAAUCCACAAUGCGGCCGCAGGAACAACGUCUACGGAAUUGGUUGGACCUGGAUGGGAGGUACAUAUGGCUACCAAUUUCAUCGGCCCCUUUCUCCUCACCAACCGCAUGCUCCCGCUGCUGAAGAACGCCCUCAAGGAUAAAGACGCCGACGUCCGAGUGGUCACGAUGAGCUCAAGUGCUCAAGUCGCAUUGGUACCGGGCAAAUUUCCAUUCAACUUCAACUCUCCCGACUGCUUCUGUAAUCCAGUCCCCUCGCCUCCCUGGCAGUGGCGCUAUGUCGGUCGCUUCAUAUUCGGCUUCGACACGAUCCGCUACGGCGUAUCCAAAGCUGCCAAUGCCAUACUCGCCCAGGAACUGCAGAAGCGGAUGGAUGAGCAGAAACUGCCGAUUUUAUCCAUGGCAGUACACCCCGGCGAAGUCGCCACCGAGGGCGUGUUCUCGAUCAAUCCUAGUCUGAUCAAGACGAUUGCGCGUUGGACAUUCAUCUUCCCAGAGCAAGGCGCUGCGACGCCCGUCUUUGCAGCUGUCUCGAAGGAGAUUCGCCAGGAUGCCUUCAAAUACAAGGGCAAGUUCGUGUUCCCUGGUGGGAAGAUUGGAGACCCGAACCCAGUCGCUUCGAACGAGGAGCAAGUCACUGGGUUGUGGCGCAACGCCAAUGAGGAAGUGAAUGCGCAGCUUUGCGCUCAAGGACUCCCUGGUCUUCAACCAUGGUAA